GUACGUGGAUUGGACUCUCCGCCUGUGUGCUCUCCCCAUUGAUCCUCUCUAACCGCCCAGGCUAACCUCAGAGUCGGGCUGGACUCGAAAAACUCCAGAUUCUCACAUUUACGUCUGAUUUCAUCAUUUCCUAGAAAUGAUGCCGGGAAAAGAAGCCUGAUGCUUGCAGAAGCCCAAGUAGUUUCAGUUUUGCUUGAGCUGGAGAGCAGCACGCCAGAUCUUUCGUGGUAACAAAGCUUAGCCUUCAGUGGGAGAGAGACGACUGCUCUGCCUCGCAGGCUUACCCCUAGGACGAGGCUGCAGAAGUUCUCCACAAGGCUAUCACAUUGAUUUUCCUGAGGCACAAGUCUUAUCAUACCAUCCCUCUGCUCCAGAAUCUUCAGUGACUCCCAUUUGUCUCCAGAACCAUGAGCUCUACAUUUGAGUGGGCAGCCAAGAAUGUGGUCAGAGAGCUGAGCAAAAAAGGGGAGCUGAUCCCUGUGGAUAGCCUCAAGAGCUCCACCUGCUUCAGUCCCUACUACCUGGUUCGGAAGAAAAUCAAGAGCACCUGGUUUUGGAAGUCCCGGUAUGCUUGGCUCAAUUUGACUCUUGAGGACAUUCUGGAACCUGGCUCCCCAAAACUAGAAGUGACCCAAGGGGAAACAUUCCUUUUUAAUGAUGAGAUGGAUGGGCAGGUGUCUGGCAGUGUGGAGGUAGCUGCCUCUGUCCAAGGGAAGAUUUCAGGACAGACUUCAGUGUCCAACAAAUCCUGCCUCGAGGUCAAGAUUCUUACAGUGCCCCCUACCACCUGGGACUGCUUAAACAUGAAAAGGAAAUUGAAGAAAUCCCAGCCUUCUAAAUUUAAGGAGCUUCAGACACGGGGAGAGAAUCUGUAUGUUGUAACAGAAGCUGUGCAAACCCAGAAAGAGGCUGUUUUGAAGAGAUCCAAAAAUAGGCAGGGCUCUGGGAAGAUCACUAUUCCUGGUGCCUCAUGUAUCCAGGGCGAGGGUACGGGUCAAUUAAACACAAUGAAGACAGUGAAAAUCCCUGAAGGCAGUAUACUUGCUUUCCAAGUGGUCAAGUUGAUUAUCAGAGACCGCUGGUCCGUUGUUCAGAUUCCAGACAAGACUCAAAAAACCUUCCAAAACGCAGGAAUCGCAGCUAAAUCCUCCGGAUAUUACUCAGAUGCCUGCAAAACAGUGACAGUCAGCUCAGUCAAAAGCUUGGAGCAAUUGCAGGCUCAGCUGGAGGAUGAAGAAAAGGUCCUGGACAUGCUGAAUGUGGAGCUACGGAUGUUUCUGCUCAAGAAUUUCCUGGAGGUCCUCAAGAAUGAGCAGGAUCUGUUGGACUUCGAAGACAUGCUAGAAAACAGUUUGUACACUGGGGUAACCCCAAAGGAUGUGAAUGGCCCAUCAGGCAAUCUCCUAAGUCACCUGCAAGACUCUGAUGGAAAACUUUUGAAUGAACUAUCAGGGGCAUUCCUCUACCUCACUGGAGCUCUGAACGCCCUCAGUGAUGUCCAGCAUCAGGCCCUGAUCAAGAUCCAGUCUCUGGAGAAAGAGGAAAAGGAAAAGAUCAUGUCCCAGGAGAUACAACUGGUGGAGGAAAUUCUGAAGAAAAACUUUGAUCAGACCGAGGAGACGACUUUCUCCUACCCUUCAGAGCUGGUGUCCUUGGUCCAGGGCCAAAGUGAUAUGUCGAUCCGCACCCGUGAACUGUUGGAGGAAUGUGGACUGUGGUUCUCAGAAGAUAAAGCCCAACUUACUUGGGAUCCCUGUGCUCUGCACUCACUUUGUGCGCUGUAUGGGAGCCUGAUGAUCCUGCAGUUUCUCACUAAUGCCUAGACUUAGGCCCUUUAUUCUCACUCAUUUGGAACCUCCUCCCUCUAUGUCAUAGAAGUUGGGAAGUUUUUUUCCUAACAUCAAACCUUAAAUUGCCCAUUUGCAAACCUCUGUCCAAAGCUCCUAAUUCUGCCCUCUGAGAUCAAACAGAACAACCUUCUAAACACUUGUACACAGCUAUCAUGCCACCCCUUUUAUCUUUUCUUCUCCAGGCUAAAUGUCCACAGGUCUUCCUUCAUAUGACAUGGACUCAAGGCCCUCUAACCUUGUGCUUGCUCCCUUUUGGAUUUUUUUCCAGUUUAUCAGUGUUUUUAAACUAUGGUGCUCAGACUAGAUGAAAUGUAAUCAGGGCAGAGGCAGAACCUCUCUCUUCCUAGAAGCCAUGCUCCUCUUGAAGCAACCCAAAAUGAUCUUACCUUUUGAGUUUGAGUCAACAGUCACACUGACAUCAAUGGGCUUGCAACCCACUAAAACCUCCAGAUAGGUUUUUAAACACAUUGCUCUAUAACCAUAUCUCAAUAUCUCAUGGAAUCAUUAGCUUCUAUUUGACUAACUCUAAUUUUAAAGUUGUUGGGUUUUUUUAAUAAGGUUUUGUGGCUCUUUUUCCAAGAUAUCAUUCCUCUUUUCAUAUCUUUCUCUAGCUCUUGCUUCUUUUCCAAUCUUUUCCUCUAGUGCUCUAAUUUUAUUUUUAAAGUUAUUUUUAAAAAUACUUUCUUCCAUUAAUAAAAUUUAAUAAUGGGACAUUUAAAAAAUACUCUUUCUUGGGGACAGCUGCCAGGAGCCAUCAAAGAUCACGCUGUUUGACAUAGUUACAUGUGGAAACCAGGGAUUGCAUCCCCCAUAACAUCCAUUGAAACCCCCCCUAAGUGACUUUCCUUAUUAGCAUCCCCUUAUUAUUGGAAUUACUAUGAUCUUUAUUCUUACUUAGCCCCAGGAAAAAUAGAUAAGAACAACAUGCUUGCAGAGUUAAUACAGAUGUCCCACUCUGUCCUUCCAGAAUAUUACCAGGAGGUCCAACUUACAAAAUUAAACCUAAGGUUUCUUAUAUACCCACUUAGAUAGGACCCUCUUUUAUAGGCAUAAAAACUUCUGACAAAUCUGUGUCAUGUUGAUUCUACCCUCUGACCCUGCACUUAGCAACAAUGUUUUGUUGACUGUCUCCUUAGGCUUCACAUCUGUUGUUAGGUUCUGUGGAAACAUGUAUGUGAGAAUGAAAUUGUGUGCCAAGUAGAUAUGUGAUCAUGAGGGUAUAAAAUAAAGCUAAGCCUCAGCCAAGGCAGAACAGUUUAUCCUGUGUAACCUGUGCUGCAGGUUGAAUAGAAAGCUAUGUCCCAUCCAUCAUUCUGCUGACACCAUCCCGCCUCCAAGACCCAUUCCCUGUGGGAGGCUGGCCCACCCCACAGCAGGCAGCUAGGUGACUCAGUGGAUUGAGAGCCAGAUCUAGAGACAGAAGGUCCUAGAUUCAAAUCUGGCCUCAAACACUUCUAGCUGUGUGACCCUAAGCAAAGUCACUUAAGCCCCAUUGCCUUGCUUUUAGCAUUCUUCUGCCUUGAAACCACCACGCAGUAUUGAAUCUAAGACAGAAAAUAAGUUUUAAGAAAAAAAAAACACUUCUUUAACUCUUUUAGGAAUUCUUAUCAGAUUUGUAUUCAAGUUGUAUUUUUCAUUGAGGUAUUGCUUAUAGAUGAAGUCAUUCUCAUCUGUGUUUGUGUCUUGAGUUUCCCUGUCACCAUAAUAACUCUUUAUGGUGUGGUUCUUUUUUUAGUUCACCCAUUCCAGUAGACGGUAGCCUCAUUGACAGUGGUACCUAUCUUUUACCUCUUUUUGUAUCCCUUCUGCUUAGCCCAGUGACUGGCACAUAGUAGGUCCUUAGUUGAUUGAAUUCUUAAUAAAUGCUAGGUGAUUCAACUUGA